AUGUCUAGGGUUAUGUACACAAUAAACUCAUUAUUAAUAUUUAUAAGUUUAUUUGUUAUACUUGUUGCUACUACUGUACAAGAUAUUGCAAACGGAUAUUGUGAUGCAAAAAGUCAUUCUUGCGCUGAAGAAUACACCGGUGAAAAAUAUAUAUUAUACGAUGUGAACCCUCCUGAAGGUUUUAAUUUAAGACGUGAUGUUUAUAUGAGAUUUGCAAUAAUGCUUUCGGAAGCAAGAAAACAGGAAAAUAAGAAACAUUGGAGUCUAGUAUUACCACCAUGGUACAAUUUGUAUCAUUGGAAGCAUGAUGGUUAUGCAAGCAAGCCUAUCCCUUGGAGUAAAUUUUUUGAUGUAGAAUCUUUAAAAAGUUUUGCCCCAGUUGUAGAAUUACAUGAAAUAUUUUCUAAAACCAAAUCAAGAUUAUUUACUAUAGACCGGUUAUAUGUAUUACAAAACUAUGAAGAUGCUUUUGAAGGUGGGGAAUUUAAAGAAAAGUGGGAGAUAAGUAAUCAUUGCAAUUAUUAUAGGUCUUUCUGGGACUAUAAUAACAUAACUGUUGGAGAAACAAUAUGUGUGAAAUUUCAAGGGAAGAUAUCAAAAUUAUGGGAUUUAGUUGCUUUACAUCCAGCUGAUAAAUAUGUUAUGUUUGAUCAUGGAGAGAUUCCAUUACAUGAGUAUUACGGUGAUAAAAAUUUUUGGAAUUGUAGAAAAAGUAUGAAAUUUAAUAGAGAACUCGUUGCACGUGCUAAAAGGUAUAUAUUAGAAAAUUUACAGUGCAAUGAGGAGAAAUGUGAUAACUAUUUAAGUGUUCAUUGGCGGAGACAAGAUUUUGCUAGAUUGAGAAGAAAAGAAGUGCCAUCAGUAAAAGGAACAGCUAAACAAAUAGAUGAAGCAAUAAAAAAACAUAACCCACAUAUUGUGGAUGUAUUUCUUGCGACAGAUGCACAAUAUAAUGAAUUGGAAGAUUUAGAAAAUCAACUAAAAGAUAUGGGUUAUAAAGUUCAUUUCUUUACACCAAGUCAGACAGAACUAGUCAGAUUUAGAGAUGGUGGUAUUGCGAUUAUAGAUCAAAUAAUAUGUUCACGUGCAGUAUAUUUUAUUGGUACACAUGAAAGUACAUUUAGUUUUAGAAUACAAGAGGAAAGAGAGAUAUUGGGAUAUGAGAGCAGUACCACUUUUAAUAGAUUAUGUCCAGACUCUGGGAAAUGUGAGAAGCCUUCUAAAUGGUCUAUAGUCAAU